GACCACUGCUGACCUCUACUUUACAUGGUGCAAGGUACACCUUGUCAUCAGAUGGCCGCCAACUCUUCACGCCACAUGUAUACGUGUCAUCUUCUCGGUGCAUACCUCCAACGCAACACAAUCAUGAAGAUAGGCAAAUCCGCGCCCGAGGUAGUCAUGUGCGAGCCCCCAGAGAUAUUCAGCGUUGAUUAUUUUUUCAACAAGGGUCUACUCUACAUGCACGGGAAGGAUGUCUAUUUCUAUGAGGUGGGAAGGAUGGAAUCCCAGGUGAAGACGGAGUAGGAUGGUGCCGAAACAAUAGCCAGCGUGGAUUAUGAAGAGAUGAAGAAGGAGAUGGGCAUGAUGCGGAAGGAGCUCGGCGGAGUUCGGGAGGAGAUGCAGGCCCUCAGGGGAAGCAUCACUGACUUGGUGGGAAGGUCAACCGUGCAGUGCGAUCGCAAGGCGGAAGCCGUUAAGCUGAUAAUGAUGAUGACCGAUUGGAUGCAGAAGAAGUUUCCCCAGCCCCAGAAGAAGCUGCCCUCUGGACCCAGCAGUGUAUCCCAGCAGCCAGGCCGGGAAGCUCUUCUCUUCAGCAACCCCCAAUCAGCGUCUAAGCCCCUGUUAGCCCCAUCUGCAUCCGAGCCCUUGUCUGUGAAGAAGCACGUGUCAAAGCAAAGUGAGAAGGAAGAAGAGAAGCCGGUGUCGCCGGCUAGGAAGAAAGUGAAGGUGACCCGCCCCUAUGUGGAUUCCACCCCAGUUUGGCUCCCGCGGGGGCCAGACCCCGAAUUGAGACCCCCCAAUGACCAAGUGUAGUAGAUAUCGCCAGGCCAAGGAAGAAAGGAAGACAAUUGCCUGGCAAAGGAAAUUUUGCGAUAAAGUGAGCAUUAUAAAGGAAAUAGCCAGAUGGAGGAGGUCGCUAAGCCGAAGGACAGAACAGAAAUUUCAAGUGAAGGCUUCUAGAAGAUCACCUUCGCACCUAUAUAAGAGAGAGCAGGCAAUUCACAAGGAGUUUUUUUACUUUUGG